AUGGUGUCUACUGAAAUCAAGGUGCAACAGAACAUUGUCUUUAUUGGAGCAUCGAGUGCAGCCAUGGGUGCAUCUCUUGAAUGGUGUGAAAACCACCACGAAGACUACAGGUUCAUUAUGAUUGAAGCCAAGACUCACUAUAACCAUGUGUUUGCAUUUCCUCGGGCCUCUGUCAUCUCUGGCUUUGAAGAGCAGCUUUUCUGUCCCUAUGAUAACAUGUUUUAUGGUGAUGAUACAGUUGGCAAGGUCAUCAAUGCUAGAGCGACAGAGAUUACAAGAGAUUAUGUUAAGUUGGACAGAGAUGUACCUGGUUUUGGCGAUAAAGUAGAGUAUGCCUACCUUGUUUACACUGCUGGUACCCAGAUUCCUGCUCCUGGUCGCUUUAAUGAUUUGACAUCAAAAGAUGAAUGUAUCGCAAGACUACAAAAGUAUCAGGAGGUCAUUAGAGAAGCUCAGAAUCCCAUUAUUAUCGGUGCUGGUGCUGUUGGAUUAGAAAUUGCUUCUGAAAUCAAGGAACACUACCCUGACAAAAGUGUUACACUCUUGCACUCUCGCAACAGAUAUUUACCCAGAUACAAAGUGAGUAUGGAUGUCAUGAUCUACAACAUUCUCAAAAAGAGAGGUGUAAAGCAAAAGUUGGGUGAUCGUGUUAUUCUGCCAAAAGAAGGCUUUCCUUUGGAAGUGAAGCCCGUGGAGAUUCAAACAAAGGGCGGCAAGACAAUCAAGGGUGAUCUCGCUAUCAUGUGUAUUGGCAUGAGUCCCAACAAUUCUUUGAUCAAGGCCAUCGCGCCCGAAAGUAUCAAUCCAGAGACAGGGUUUGUCAAAAUCAAGCCCACCAUGCAAAUUCAAGAUGACAACUAUCCAAAUAUUUUCUCUGCUGGCGAUGUUUGCGAUCAUACAGAUGUCAAAACUGGUCAUUAUGCUUGGAUGCAAGGCCUUGCUGCUUUGAAUAACAUUAGAAAGUUGAUUGCCGGUGCUUCUCAGGAUGAACUAGAGCCAUACAAGAGCAAAGACCUGGCUCUUAUCAAGGUCAUUUUAGGAGAGAAAGAAGCAGUGACUCAAACUCACCAGCUUGGUCCUCUCAUUACCUAUGGUUCUUGGGUUGGUGGAAGAUCUGUGCCUCAUAAUGUCUACGCGUCAUUCACAUGGGGUUUAUUGCAUGUGGAGGACCGUUUGGAAGCUAUCAUCAAUAAGCAAUCAGCAACAAAAGCUCAACAUUAG